UGACCACCUCGCCAAAACAUGGUAUAAGUCGGAAAAGGAUGAUCACUAUUCUACUUCAGAGACAGAGGGUGAUAAGAAAUGGGAACGUUGAGGUGUUUCCUUGUUGGUUUUGUUGGAGUUCUACUUCUUGCCGUUCUAAUUCAAGCUCAGGACCAAUCAGGAUUCAUCAGCAUAGACUGUGGAGCUCCUGCAUAUGAGAACUAUAUUGAGUCUCAAACGGGCAUAAAUUAUACUUCAGAUGCAAGUUUAAUAAACACUGGUGUGAGUAUGUCAGUAGAAUCUGAUCUCCAAGGAGAGUAUCAAAAACAGAUGCUGACUCUCAGAAGCUUCCCUGAAGGAAAAAGGAACUGCUACAAAAUAGACAUCACAAGAGGCUCUAAGUAUCUGAUCAAGGCUGGUUUUUUGUACGGGAAUUAUGAUGGGCUGAAUAAGAUACCAAAGUUUGAUAUUCAUCUCGGGGCUAACCGAUGGGGUACAGUCAACAUAAACAAUGGAUCAUAUGAAGUGGACAUGGAGAUCAUACAUAUACCUUCACAAGAUUAUGUACAAAUCUGUCUGGUUGACACGGGCCAUGGAACACCAUUUAUAUCAACCCUAGAAUUCAGAACUUUGACAAAUGAUAUUUAUGUCACUAAAUCUGGAUCAUUGGAAACUUACAUCCGCUGGGAUUUAGGUUCAAACCAAGGCUACAGGUACAAGGACGAUGUUUACGAUCGUUACUGGGGAUAUGGCAACAUCAAUAAUUGGACACAAUUAAGUGUUUCGGUUUCUGCGGAUGCUUUAGUCCAGAGCGUAUACAGACCGCCAGCUAUUGUGAUGAGCACUGCAGUUACACCACCAAACGUUAGUGCUCCAUUGUUAUUACAAUGGGAGCCCGAUGAUCCAACUGACCAAUUCUAUGUUUACUUGUACUUCAUGGAGAUUCAAGAGUUAGCGACAAAUCAGACAAGAGAAUUCAACAUCGUGGCAAAUGGUAAACUGUGGUAUUCAAACUGUUCACCAAAGAAUCUUCUUGUCACCACUUUACUGUCCAAGUCAGCCUCCAGUGGGAAAGAAAUUAUAUUUUCUCUGGAAAAAACCAAUGACUCAACCCUGCCUCCCAUCAUCAAUGCCCUUGAAAUUUACAAAGUAAUAGAUUUCCCGCAAUCAGAUACGUUCAAAGGAGACGAUGAUGCCAUUACAACCAUCAAAUCAAUUUAUGGGGUGAAAAGAGAUUGGCAAGGUGAUCCAUGUGCCCCAGUAGAUUACUUGUGGGAUGGUUUGAAUUGUAGUUAUAGCAAAAACGAGUCUCCAAGAAUCACAACUUUGAAUUUAUCUUCAAGUGGGUUGUCAGGAAAGAUAGACCCUUCAAUCUCAAACCUCACCAUGUUGGAGACUUUGGAUUUAUCAAACAAUAACUUAAACGGUGAAAUUCCUGAUUUUCUGUCUCAAUUACAACAUUUAAAGAUAUUAAACCUGGAGAAGAAUAACCUCUCUGGUUCAAUUCCCUCAGCACUUGUUGACAAAUCUAAGGGAGGUUCUUUGUCACUAAGUGUGGAUCCAAAUCUCUGUGAAUCUGGUCAAUGCAACGAGCAGGACAAAGAGAGUGGAAAGAAAAAGAACAUUGUUACACCCUUGGUAGCAUCUGUUAGUGGGGUUGUGCUCCUUCUCGUUGUCGUGGCAGCUAUAUUAUGGACUCUUAAAAGAAGAAAAUUGAAAGCUUUGAUAGUAGACAAGGAUCAAAGUCAGAUCGCACCACAACACACAGAACAAGAUGAUUUAUUACUACCAUUCAGGAAACAAAUUUAUUCGUACUCCGACAUCCUUAAAAUCACCAACAAUUUCAAUACAACUCUCGGUAGAGGAGGAUUUGGAACUGUUUAUCUUGGCCAUAUUGAUGACACUCCUGUUGCAGUGAAAAUGCUUUCCUCAUCGUCUGUCAAGGGCUUUCAACAAUUUCAGGCAGAGGUUAAACUUCUAAUGAGAGUUCAUCACAAAAAUUUAACCUCCCUUGUUGGUUAUUGUAAUGAAGAAACCAAUAAGGGUCUCAUAUACGAGUACAUGGCCAAUGGAAACUUACAAGAACAUCUCUCUGGUAACCGCAGCAAAGCAAAAUUCUUCACCUGGGAAGAAAGACUUCGUAUAGCAGUGGAUGCAGCCUUAGGUUUGGAGUAUCUGCACAAUGGUUGCAAGCCAUCCAUAAUCCACAGAGACAUAAAAUCUACAAACAUAUUGCUGAAUGAACACUUCCAAGCAAAGUUAGCAGAUUUUGGUCUGUCCAAAAUUAUUCCAACUGAAGGGGGAACUCACGUGUCAACUGUUGUUGCCGGUACUCCUGGUUAUCUGGACCCUGAGUACUUCACAACAAACAGAUUGACAGAAAAGAGUGAUGUUUAUAGUUUUGGUGUUGUUCUUUUGGAGAUAAUCACAAAUCAAGCAGUGAUAACGAGGGGUGAAAAAAGUAUUCACAUAAGUGACUGGGUGAGAUCGUUGGUGGUGAAAGGGGAUAUGAAGGCCAUUGUUGACUCAAGGCUAGAAGGAGAUUAUGACACCAAUUCAGUUUGGAAAGCAGUAGAAAUAGCAACAGCAUGUGUGUCUUCAAAUAUGAACAGAAGGCCCGUCACAAGCGAGAUAGUGAUUGAACUGAAGGAGUCUUUAUCAAUGGAAGUAGCUAGAACAAAAUAUAGAGGUAACCAUUCAUCAGAUUCAGGGGUGACCUUGAAUCUGAACACAGAAUUUAUUCCUCAAGCCAGGUAAAACGCUUCACCAGAAUAAGAUGGCUACAAUCUUGUAGCAAGGUCUAUAUGACUAUGCUAAGUGGUUUUUCUCUUUCAAUUCCAAACCCACUAUUGAAACCUCACGUCGCACAAGUUCUGAAUAUUUGCUUUGAUUUUAAAUGUAUAAUAAUGUACAAAAUAUCGCAAACUUAUUGUUGCACAAUUUCUGAAUACUCCUUUAAUUUGAGUGAUGUACUUCUUGUCUUCCUUUGUAAAUGUAUUUAGUAUUGGUGAUUGAUAUUGAUUGUGCAAAUAGAACAAGAUAAAUAAUAAAGAACACAUGCUUCUUUAUCCAUAA